GAAGGGAGGGGGUGGAUUCCCAGUGUCGGGCGCUCGUCCAGAUUGGGUCUGGACCUUCUUGAUGUCCUGGUUGCGGGCUAGUGGGGCUCCUCCCUAGACCCCUGCAACUAAUCCAACCUCCCUUCACCCGCGAGUGACCAGUUUAUCCUACCUAUAAACCUCGAUGACGAGUCUAGCAGCGCGUCCUUUUUUCAGGCACAGCAGGGACUCAGUUUCAAAGACCUGAGAAUCCCAGGCAAUGUGGCCGAAAGGGGGGGGCCUACUGCGGGGGACCUGUGGACAGCUGGGCCAGACUGUUGGUCUGCUUUGUGGGGCCCUGGGGCCUGGGCUCCAUUGGUGGGGGCCAUGUGUGGGUACUUGGGCCCAAAAGUUUCAUCAGGAUAGGCCUGGCAGAGGCUUAGGUGAGGAGGACAUUCGCAAGGCACGCGAGGCCCGGCCCAGGAAGACACCCCGGCCCCAGCUGAGUGACCGCUCUCGAGAACGCAAGGUGCCCGCUUCCCGCAUCAGCCGCUUGGCCAACUUUGGUGGACUGGCCGUGGGCUUGGGGCUGGGAGCACUGGCCGAGGUGGCCAAAAAGUCCCUGCUUGGAGGAUAUCUACAGUCAGAAAGCGGCUCCCAGCCAGGCUCCAGCCCUUUCCUGUCAGAGGCCAAUGCCGAGCGGAUUGUGCAGACCUUGUGUACAGUUCGGGGGGCCGCCCUCAAGGUUGGCCAAAUGCUCAGCAUCCAGGUUUCCCUUGUCCCUGGUUUCCCUAUCUCCCAAGACAACAGCUUCAUCAGUCCCCAGCUGCAGCGCAUCUUUGAGCGGGUCCGCCAGAGCGCCGACUUCAUGCCCCGCUGGCAGAUGCUGAGAGUUCUGGAAGAGGAGCUCGGCAGGGACUGGCAGGCCAAGGUGGCCUCUUUGGAUGAGGUGCCCUUUGCCGCUGCCUCCAUCGGGCAGGUGCACCAGGGCAUGCUGAGGGACGGGACGGAGGUGGCCGUGAAGAUCCAGUACCCAGGCGUUGCCCAGAGCAUCCAGAGCGAUGUCCAGAACCUGCUGGCAGUGCUCAAGAUGAGCAUGGCCCUGCCCGAGGGCCUGUUUGCCGAGCAGAGUCUGCAGGCUCUGCAACAGGAGCUGGCUUGGGAGUGUGACUACCGUCGUGAGGCGGCUUGUGCCCAGAACUUCAGGCAGCUGUUGGAAGAUGACCCCUUCUUCCGGGUGCCAGCAGUGAUUAAAGACCUCAGCACAACGCGGGUGCUGGGCAUGGAGCUGGCCGGAGGGGUCCCCCUGGACCAGUGCCAGGGUCUGAGCCAGGACAUCCGGAACCAGAUCUGCUACCAGCUCCUGAGACUGUGUCUACGGGAGCUGUUUGAGUUCCGAUUCAUGCAGACGGACCCCAACUGGGCCAACUUCCUGUAUGAUGCAUCCAGCCACCAGAGGGAUCUUUCUGAAACACAAAUCUGGCCACGCUGUCCCCUCCACAGCACUUCAGCGCCCUCAGGAUCAAGCCUGAGCCCUUUGCUGAAUGUGAAGUGGCCCCGAGUCUCCAGCCUCAGUCCCUUGCCAGCCUCCUUUCCUGCAAGUGACCCUGCUGGACUUUGGUGCAAGCCGGGAAUUUGGGACCGAAUUCACAGACCAUUACAUCGAGGUGGUAAUGGCUGCAGCCAAUGGAGACAGAGACCGGGUCCUGCAGAAAUCCCGGGACCUCAAAUUCCUCACAGGCUUGGAAACCAAGCACCGGCUCCGCCCACCGCCCGAAGAGACCUAUGCCCUGCACCGCAAGCUGGCAGGGGCUUUCCUGGCCUGCGCCCGCCUCCGCGCCCACAUCAACUGCCGGGACCUCUUCCAGGACACCUACCAUCGAUACUGGGCGGGUCGCCAGCCUCAGCCACUGCCCGAAGCCUCCUGACCAGAGGGGACGUCGGGCCCAGCCCUCGGACAGCUUCCCUCCGGGAAAUACAGCCAGUAGAGGGCCAUUCCCCGCUGUGAUACCUCCUUCUCACUCUGCUCCCAUCUGGGGACAUCGCCCUGGGCUUCCCAGUCUUGCCUAGCGCCCUUCCCUGGGAGCUGGGGAACCCCGGGGCUAGGGAACUCCCCACUUCAUGCUCCCACAUCCUGCUAUCUUUGUCCUAAAGUGGGCAUGCGGGAACUUUACACGAGGCAUUAACUUAUUUCUGCCAACAUUUGAGAGAGCCUCAGGCCCUCAGCACACCAUGGUGGAGAUGCAGACUCAUCUAGAGGGGAGCCUCUCGCCUGUGCCUCAGGUCUUCCACAGAUCUGGCCAGAGAGAGCCGUGGGGUGGUGGAGUGGUGGAGGCAGCCCUCACCUUUGCCUCCCUCACUCUUCCACCAGCUGCCUUCUCCCUGUCCAUCCUCUCUGUGUUGGGGAGGGGUGUGUGUGUGUGUGUGGGGGUGUUUGAACCUUCAGUCUGAAUAAAAGCAGCCCUCCCCUUC